AUGGACGUAAGAUUUUAUUCACCACCUCCUCAGCCUGCAGCCGCUCCUGAUACGCCUUGUUUGGGACCUUCCCCCUGCCUGGACCCCUACUAUUGCAACAAGUUUGACGGUGAGAACAUGUAUAUGAGUAUGACAGAGCCGAGCCAGGACUAUGUGCCAGCCAGCCAGUCUUUUCCUGGCCCAAGUCUUGAAAGUGAAGAUUUUAACAUACCUCCUAUAACUCCUCCAUCAUUGCCUGACCACUCCCUGGUGCACUUGAAUGAGAUGGAGUCUGGGUACCACUCUCUGUGUCAUCCCGUGAACCACAACGGCCUCCUUCCAUUCCACCCACAAAACAUGGAUCUACCCGAAAUUACAGUUUCCAACAUGCUUGGACAAGAUGGGGCACUCCUUUCCAAUUCCCUCUCUGUGAUGCAAGAUUUACGGAAUACAGAAGGAGCCCAGUAUAGUUCCCAUCCUCAGAUGGCAACCAUGAGGCCAAGGGUUCAACCUGCAGAUAUUAGGCAGCCAGGAAUGAUGCAGCACGGGCAGCUGACUACUAUUAACCAGUCCCAGCUCAGUGCACAGCUUGGUUUGAAUAUGGGUGGAAACAAUGUUCCUCACAACUCGCCCUCUCCACCUGGAAGCAAAUCUGCAACUCCUUCACCAUCCAGUUCAGUCCAUGAAGAUGAAGGAGAAGAUAGCUCUAAGGUCAAUGGUGGAGAGAAGAGACCUGCUUCAGAUAUGGGAAAGAAACCCAAAACUCCCAAAAAGAAGAAGAAGAAGGACCCAAAUGAGCCACAGAAGCCUGUGUCUGCCUAUGCAUUAUUCUUUCGAGACACUCAAGCAGCCAUCAAGGGCCAAAACCCCAAUGCUACUUUUGGUGAAGUCUCUAAAAUCGUAGCUUCAAUGUGGGACGGCUUAGGAGAAGAACAAAAACAGGUAUACAAAAAGAAAACUGAAGCUGCCAAGAAGGAAUAUCUGAAGCAGUUAGCUGCCUACAGAGCAAGCCUUGUAUCCAAGAGCUACAGUGAACCUGUUGAUGUUAAAGCCUCCCCACAACCCCAGAUGAUGAAUUCAAAGCAGUCGGUGUUUCAUGGGCCCACCCAGGCUCACUCUGCACUGUACCUCAGUUCCCACUACCACCAACAACCAGGAAUGAAUCCUCACAUCACCGCCAUGCAUGCCAAUAUCCCCAGGAACAUAGCACCCAAGCCUAACAACCAAAUGCCAGUGACUGUUUCCAUAGCAAACAUGGCUGUGUCCCCACCACCACCUCUUCAGAUCAGCCCCCCUCUGCACCAGCAUCUCAACAUCCAGCAACACCAGCCGAUUUCAAUGCAGCAGUCCAUUGGAAACCAGCUACCGAUGCAGGUCCAGUCUGCUUUACAUUCACCUACAAUGCAGCAAGGAUUUACUCUUCAGCCUGAUUAUCAGAAUAUCAUCAAUCCAACAUCAACAGCUGCACAAGUUGUUACCCAGGCAAUGGAGUAUGUUCGUUCAGGGUGCAGAAAUCCUCCAGCACAGACUGUGGACUGGAAUAAUGACUACUGCAGUAAUGGGGUCAUGCAGAGGGACAAAGCACUCUACCUUACCUGA